CCAGCCUGCUAGGGGAGCCUCGACCCGUAGGCCUUGGCUGGUCAGUGGAGGCUGACGACGGAUUUGACUUCCCCGGGUGCCCCGCGCCUCCUGGGCUGAAGACACGCGGCUGCCCCGGCCUCGAGGAGCCAUGGAGCCUGGGAAGAGAAGAACCAAAGAUGACACUUGGAAAGCAGAUGACCUUAGAAGACACCUUAAGGCUGUACAAUCAGGUAGUCCCAAGGAAGAGAAGAAACUCAGAGAAAAGAAGACGCACAAGGAGUCAGAACUGGGUCUUCUUGAUUACAGAGAACAUAAGAGCAGGGACCCAGACCGGGAGGCCCGCCACAAGGAGAGGACUGCUGAGAGAGACCUUUACCCCUCCACAGAACAUCCUCGUGGGGAGAGAGACCGGGAGAAGCACAAGGAAAGGAGGAAAGAGGUGAAAGACCGUGAGAAAGACAGGCCGAAAGAAAGACAUCGAGAGCAAGAUUCAGAGAGGGUUCAUAGUCGAGGCAAAGACAGAGAGAGAGAGAAAGACAGAAGGGCCAGGAAAGAAGAGCUCAGGCAGACUGCUGCCUACCAUGACCUCCUGGUUCAAGAGGUGCGUGGCCGGCAGAUGCUGGAGAGAGUGGAAAAGAAGGUCCGCGCAGCAAGUAAAGUACGAGCUGAGGAGAAAGACAGGAGAGAUGAAGAUUCUGAGAGAGGAAAUGACGAUAGAGAAAGAAGAUACCGAGAAAGAAAGCUGCAGUACGGAGACAGUAAAGAGAAUCCUCUCAACUACUGGCUGUAUAAAGAGGAAGGUGAAAAGAAGCACAGGAAGGUGAGAGAUACAGAUCGGGACAAGAGGCACCGAGACAGAAGCAGCACAGGGGAGAAAAGAGAGAAACAUUCCAAAGAGAAGGGGAACUCGCUCUCUGACAGGGAAGUGGAAGAGAGACACCGAGAGAAGCGGCACAAGGAAGGACUCCAUCAUGAUGAGGAGAGGCGCCGCAGUCAUGCAGAUAAAAGAGAGAGAUCUGGGAGAGAAGAGCACAAGAGGAGGGAAGCGAAGGAACCUGAAAAGGAAGACAUUGAUUUAGAGGCUACUGCGGCUGAUGAAUAUUUUGAAGAUGAUUUUGAAGAUUAUGAAGAUGACUUUGAGGUUUGUGAUGGAGAUGAUGACAGCAAUAAUGAGCAUGACUCUAAAGAAAAGGCUGAAGAACUUCCUCUAGCCCAGAAAAGGGAGAUACAAGAAAUUCAAAAGGCAAUCAGUGCGGAGAAUGAAAGGGUUGGAGAGUUAUCUUUGAAACUGUCUCAGAAGCAAGGUCGAAUGGAGUAUGAGAAGGAGCCCUGGGAAGAUGGAAAUGAUUCCGUUUCCAGAGCCCCUGUUUGUGGAAUUUUUGUGGAUUUUGUAACAGCCUCACAUCGCCAGAAGAGCCGGAGUCAGGCCCUCAAACAAAAGACAAGAAGCACAAAACUGCUCCGGCUUAUUGAUUUAGAUUUUUCAUUCACCUUUUCUCUCUUGGACCUACCACCAGUAAAUGAAUAUGAUAUGUAUAUUAGGAACUUCGGGAAAAAGAAUACCAAACAGGCGUAUGUUCAGUACAAUGAAGAUAAUGUGGAGAGAGACGUCCAGACUGAAGAUAUAGAAACCAGGGAAGUGUGGACCCAGCACCCAGGAGAAGGCUCUGUUGUAUCUGGAGGUAGUGAAGAAAAGGACUUCUCUGAUGUCACAGUUGUACCAAAGAUUGACACCCCACGGUUGUCUAGUUUUCUCCGGGCAGCAUGCCAGGUGGUUGCUGUUUUGCUUGAAGAGGACCGUUUGGCAGCUGGGCCCAGCCAGAAUCCCCGGGCUCAAGACAAAGCUCUGAACAUCAGUGAGAGUUCCUCCCAGCUGAACACGAACCUGCCAUUCCUUCAGGGGCGGAAAGUAUCCUGUUUGCAUGCCUCUCGAGUUCAGAGGCAGACUGUGGUUUCUGUUCAUGACUUACCUGAAAAGGCAUUUGCCCCAUCUCUGGAUAGCCGGCACCUCCUCUGUGUGUGGGAUAUUUGGCAGCCUUCAGGGCCCCAGAAGGUUCUGAUAUGUGAAUCAAAGGUUACAUGUUGCUGCUUCAGCCCCUUAAAAGCAUUUUUGCUGUUUGCCGGAACAGUCCACGGCUCUGUGGUCCUUUGGGACUUAAGAGAAGACUCCAGGAUACACCAUUAUGUGAGACUGAGCAAUUGUCUCUGGGCCUUCCGGAUCCCAACAUUUUCCACUGAUGGAGUCCUCACAUCAGUGAACCACCAAAGUCCUCUUCAAGCCAUAGAGCCGGUUGUUACAUCUGCUUACAAGAAACAGAGCUUGGUGCUUUCACCCUUUUCUACUCAAGAAGAAAUGGCAGGCUUGUCAUUUCACAUCGCUUCCCUGGACGAGAGUGGUGUUCUCAAUGUGUGGGUGGUUGUUGAAUUACCAAAGGCAGAUAUCUCUGGUUCAAUGAGUGAUUUAGGUUCAGGUUCUCAGAUUCAGAAGCAGGCUCUUCACCAAACAAGUGCUGAUCACUUCUUGUUGAAGAGCCAUUCAAAUCGUUUUCCUGUGAUUGUGGUUGAGACCAGCGGCAGCAGGCCUGAUCUGUAGAUGUGCCACCUCUGGGAUGCCAUCCAUAUUGUACAGUGAAUGUAAGAGACAAGUCAUGCAGUGCACUUGCAGUUGCCCUUCCUAGCAGUGAGGCGAAUAUUAUUUCUACAUGCUUUUAACUCAGCUGCACUCCAGGUUCUGGAAAGCAUCUUGCCAAAUAUUUGGGUUUCAUUAUAUUAAAUCUCUAAUUCUUCCCUCUGCAGUAAUGUACAAAAAUAGCUUUAAGCCAGACAUUUGGCAGAGACAACUGAAGGGUCCAUAUUUGAGGAGAACAAAGGAAGGAAUGGAAAACAAAGCCAGGUCUCCUGGGAGCUGUAGUUCCAUGGUGUUUGAGUGGAAGUUAGAGUUUCUGCUUAACAGAAACUGAGCCUGGAGGAGCUCAAAAUACCGGUGGCCAUUCACCAAACUGGAAACUUGGUGGGUUUCUGAUUGGCUUUGAAUGACAAUUGCCUUGGAUAUUUACAGCACAGGGUUUGGCAUUUGGAACUAAGUAUUCAAUACAUGUGAUGCCAAUUGUUCUCACCAGUCUGAAAAUGUGUGCACAUCUGGAUCAUGGCCCCAUGGGGUUCUGAUAAUGACCUAUAAAUUCCGACUCUCCUCUUCAGCAAGGCACAGACACCUCCACCAGAUUUAGAGGGAGUCCUUCCUGUAUUUAUAUUUUGGCAUUCCUUCUGGUUAUGAUACUUAAAUAAGGAAGAGUGAAUCCAGACAACUGUAGGUAGAAUUGGGGUUAACUCGCAUUAAGAGGUGUGUGUGUUUGUGGU